AUGUCGAAAUCCCUCACCGUCGUUGUCACCGGCUCAAAUCGCGGCAUCGGCCAGGGCAUCAUCCACCUCCUCGUCAAAACCCACCAUACAUCACCAUUAACCAUCAUCGCAACGUCUCGGAACGGCAAUGAUCUAGGCAUCGAAGUCUCCCCUCCAAGUUCCAUCCAAUACGCCAAACUCGACAUCAGCUCCUCGUCAUCCAUAACCUCUUUCUUCCAAAGUACACCGAACAUCGACGUCGUAAUCAACAAUGCGGGCGUGAACAACAACAACAACGAAACGCCUGAGCUGGCAGCUCAAACCAUCAGUGUGAACUAUAAGGGUACGAGGGAUGUAUGCGCCGCCGCGCUGUCCACCACCAACGGGCGGCUUUCCAGGAUCGUCAACGUGUCAAGCACCGCGUGCCAGCUCAACAACUACGACCAAUCUACCCAGAAUAAGUUCCGCACCGUCCAGAGCGUUCAGGACGUCAAUGCCCUCGCAGACACGUACAUCGGCGCCGUGCGCGCCGGCGGCGCCGCACAGGAACAGGCCGGCUUCGGCAGCCCGCCGAUGAGCUACCAGGUCAGCAAAGCGCUGAUCAACGCGCUCACCGUCGUGCUCGCGAGAGAGAACCCUGAUGUCUUAGUGAAUUGCUGUUGUCCGGGGUGGGUGGAUACGGAUAUGGGGCAUCAGGUUGGUCGGCCGCCGAAGACGCUGGAGGAGGGGGCGAGGAUUCCCGUGAGGCUUGCUGUUGGGGAGGUGGAAGGUGGCGGAGAUGGAGAUGGUGGGUUGGGGCGGAAGGGUGGGGAGAGGGUUAGCGGGAGGUAUUUUGCGAAUGAGGGGGUUAAGGAUCGAGGGUGGGGACGGGCGAGGGCGUGGUGA